UAUGAAAAGAAAUUCCUGUUUUUCAGGAAGAAAUAGAUAUGUCAACGUAUCCUGUUGAAAGCAUUAGAAACUUCAGUAUUAUAGCUCAUGUAGAUCAUGGCAAAAGUACACUAGCAGACAGAUUGCUGGAAAUUACAGGAACAAUUUCUAAAACUGACCGUAAUAAACAAGUGCUGGAUAAACUUCAAGUGGAACGUGAAAGAGGAAUUACAGUUAAAGCCCAAUCUGCAUCUCUCUUUUACAAUCAUGAAGGAAUAAACUACCUCUUAAAUCUUAUUGACACACCAGGCCACGUAGAUUUCAGCUAUGAAGUAUCACGGUCACUAUCUGCCUGUCAAGGUGUCAUACUUGUAGUGGAUGCAAAUGAGGGUAUUCAGGCUCAGACAGUGGCAAACUUCUAUCUCGCCUUUGAAGCACAGCUUUCAAUAAUUCCUGUCAUAAAUAAGAUUGACUUGAAAAAUGCAGACCCUGAAAGAGUUGAAAAACAAAUUGAGAAGCUGUUUGAUAUCCCUACAGAUGAAUGCAUAAGGAUUUCUGCUAAACAAGGAACAAAUGUUGAAAAAGUUCUUCAGAAGGUCAUUGAGAAGAUCCCACCACCCCAAUGUAAUACUGCUGAUCCAUUGAAAGCCUUAGUAUUUGACUCUACCUUUGACCACUACCGAGGUGUCGUAGCUAACAUUGCGCUCUUUGGUGGGGAGAUUGCAAAGGGACACAAAAUUGUGUCGGCACACACUACGAAAAGAUAUGAAGUUCAUGAAGUUGGAAUUCUGACUCCAAAUGAACAGCCAGCACAUAAGCUCUAUGCAGGACAGGUGGGGUACCUGAUUGCUGGAAUGAAAGAAGUAACGGAAGCCCAAAUAGGAGACACACUGUUUUUGUAUAAACAGCCAGUGGAGCCUUUGCCUGGCUUUAAGUCAGCGAAGCCAAUGGUUUUUGCAGGAAUGUAUCCAAUAGACCAAACAGAAUAUAGUAAUCUCAAAAGUGCUUUGGAAAGGCUGACAUUGAAUGACUCCAGUGUAACUGUUCAUCGUGACAGUAGCCUCGCCUUAGGAGCUGGAUGGAGGUUGGGUUUCCUUGGUCUUCUACAUAUGGAAGUCUUUAAUCAGCGUUUGGAGCAAGAGUAUAACAUGUCUGUUAUUUUGACUGCGCCUACAGUUCCAUAUAAAGCUGUUCUUUCCUCAGCAAAGUUGAUAAAGGAGUAUGGAAAAGACCAGAUUACUAUUAUCAACCCUGCUCAGUUUCCUGAUAAACUUUCAGUAUCAGAUUAUAUGGAGCCAACUGUUCUUGGUACUAUUGUAACACCUCAUGAAUAUAUUGGGAAAAUAAUUACCUUGUGUCAGGAUCGUAGAGCAGUCCAGAAAGAUCUGUUGUACAUUGAUGAAAACAGGGUUAUGCUAAAAUACCUCUUUCCACUGAAUGAAAUUGUGGUGGAUUUUUAUGAUGCUCUUAAGUCUCUGUCUUCUGGCUAUGCAAGUUUUGAUUAUGAAGAUGCAGGCUACCAAUCAGCAGACCUAAUCAAAAUGGAUAUUCUUCUAAAUGGAAAUCCAGUUGAAGAACUGGCAACUAUCAUACACAAAGAUAAAGCCUAUGCUGCUGGUAAACUCCUAUGUGAACGUUUAAAAGAGACUAUUCCUAGACAGUUGUUUGAAAUAGCCAUCCAGGCUGCCAUUGGCAAGAAAAUCAUUGCAAGAGAAACGCUGAAGCCUUACAGAAAAAAUGUUGUGGCAAAAUGUUACGGUGGCGACAUUACAAGAAGAAUGAAGCUUUUAAGGAGGCAAGCAGAAGGCAAGAGGUUGAUGAGAAAAAUUGGCAAUGUUGAGGUUCCAAGAGAUGCCUUUAUACGUGUUCUAAAGAGAGAAACUGACAAAUAGAGAUGAGUGAAAUUUGAUCUUCCAGAUCAUGUCAGCUUUUUUGCAGACAGUAACAAAGUGAGCUAAUACAGGACUUAUCACUGUGAGAUGGAACAUAUUUGAUUUUAAAUGGUAUGAAUUUGGUAUGUGUGGAAACAUGAGUUGACUUUAAAAAUGUACAUAUAUUUGUAGAUUAUUAUGAAAUUAAAUUUACUUGACUGCAUCUAAAAGUUCACGUUAUAUUGUUUCUUCUUUUUUUUCCACUGUUUUCAUACUUUUAAUACUUAAAAUUAACAUACUUUUGGGGUUUUCUUUCAUUGCAAGUCUCUAUGUAUAGAGAGGAACCAUAUGGCAGAAAGGUUAUAAAAAUAAUUUAAAGGUAUGUAUAGACAAACAAUGCUGGGUUGGUUUGGUUUUUUUCUUUUAAAGUUUGAACUGCUGACACAAAAGUAUCAAGCUGUUUCCUGUUUCACCUUCUCUAAAGGUUGCUGUUGUCAGGAAAUCAUGAUGCUGGGAAACCACAUCAGAUGAAAAAAUCAAAACUCUUUAAAUUUACCAUGCUGUUUAUUUUAAACCAGUUGAAGUGUGUAAAUUUACCAUUAGUUCAGCCUAGCUGGGCUUAUCUCCAGCAAAACGGUAAGUUUUCUUAUAUUAAAAGACAGAAUCUGUAACAGUUCCACUAGUGAGACCAAUUCAGGCCUUAAAAAAAUUAUUUAACAUGAAGGUUUGGUUAUAGGGUAUCUUGGUGUAGUUGGUGAAGUUUUAUUUCUAUUGUUUACAUACUAAAGUUUGUCAGUGCAUCCCCAGUUAAAUGCUGCAGUGUAGUGUGUUUACCAGGAAGUGUUACUUUGGAAGUGUACACAAGGCAAUUAUAAAUAAGUUAAUGGCCCUACUAUAUACUGUAUUUACAACUGUUUACCCACCUCCAAAAGCUUUUAAACUGAAUUCGUUUUUUUGAUCUUCAGGGACUAGUUUUGCUCUUCACAAAUCUUAAUUUCUUGUUAUUAAAUAUUUAGUAGAGAACAAAUUGCUAGUCAUACCUACUAAAGUACUCAGUCACCAGCAAAGUCUGCCCUUAAAUUUAGGCUUGUACCUACACUUUAAUUAUAAAGUAGUUUUAUUUCAGCCUGUGUACAAGGAGGAAUUGGGAAAAUCUUUGGAGGCAUGGAAGGGAACAGGACUUGUUCCCUUUCAACCUGUAUUAGUUUCAGGGUGUGGAAAAAGGGGAGAGGGAAUUCUGGUAAGUUAGCGGUUUGUUGGGGCUUUUUUCUGUUUGGUUGUGGUUGUUCAGGUUUUGGGGUUUUUUUAUUUGAAGCUGUUUCAGGUGCACUGAAAAACCAAAGAUCUGGAUGUGAACAAGAUAUCUGUACCUUUACUACAGGUACCUAAACUGCUGCUACUGACCCUGAAGAAAGGAAGGAUGUUGUGGAUAAAAGCUCUCUGACCCAUUUAUUAUUCCUCCCCUGUGAAAGCUAGCAUAGAAGGAACUACAGAUGCAGGGAUACCUGCUAGGAGCCAAGGAGCUAAAACGAGGUCUCCCCACUCCUUGAACCAGACCUACAAGCACUGGUUCUGUACUGAGGAAUAAGGCAGAAACUGAAGGUGAGCUAGAGAUGAUCCAAAUAGGAUAUACAAAUUAUAUCCUUGCUGAGUGACAGACAUAUGAAGUGUACCUUACCUAAUCAAAUGAGUUACACAGAUGGAUAGAGCUACCUUGAGAAUCGGUUUUAGCUUUACUAUAGUCACCUGAGGCAGAAAAAAAAUACAAAUUGUAGUCUUAAUUCUGAGAGGACUUGUAAAUAAAUCAGUUUUCAGAACAAGAACUUUAAAUUAACUGGUCAGUACCUGUGAAGUACAUGAAGUAUUAGUUUUUGUCACAAAUGUACCUGAUUCUGUUUAGUUAAUUUUUUCAUUUCCCCUUUCCUUUGGAAAUACCUUAAAAUGAGAAAAAGAAUAAAAUGAUAGCUUUUGAUGUGCUGACUUAGAAUUUACUUUUAAGACCUCCUGAACUUGAAAAUGUUUGCUUUGCCAUUACUGCAGAGUAACAGGUUAAAUGUUAUGCAACUUAAAGGGUUGACUUGUCCACUAAAGUAGUGGAAAGUUUGAAAGGUACUCUCUUGAAAAAAUUGUAUUUCAUAAAAUGAUUGGAAGUAUCUUAAAGAAUGGAAUAAUGGAAACAGUGUGAUAGUACUUAAAAAAAUUACAUAAUAUACCACUCAAAAUUAAAAAAAAAAUAGUGUAACGAGAAACAAGCUGGAGAACAACCAAACCUGUGCAUUAAAAGAUGUAAUAAUAGUCCUAGACCCAAAGACAGACAGGUUCUGCUGUACCAGUAUUUAAACUGGGCUGUGUUUUACAGAACGUGGAGUAGUUAAAAAGGAAGAAAAUAUAUUAAUUCUGUGAUCUGGCACAUCUUGAGGACACAGAGGGCUUUAGUGAGUACGGGUGCCAAGCAAGGCACAUGACUGAAAGGUGUGCUGGAAUAAAGAACAAGAAUGUUGUUUCAAUAGAAUUCUCCAUUUUGGCACAUUAAGGAUAAUGAUCAUCAAGAUGAAACCUGAUUCAAUUCCAUUAAUACUAACCUAAAUUAAUGACUACUUUUAAUUUCAUGCUUUUUAAUAGAAUUGUUUAUAAACUUGCUUAGCUGUAAAGCUAACACUGCAUUUUGAGUCACUUAUUACCUGUAACAGCAUUCUUCUGAAAGGCAGUCUUUUCAUCUUUUUUCCCCACAAUGUUGCAUUAUGCUUCAAAAAUACAUAUGCACAAACUGAGCCUUAAAGCUGAAAACCUGUUUUAAAUAUGUGGAUGUUCAAUGUACUGUUGAGAACUGAAACACUAGGCCUGGCAUCCUACACUGCUAUAGACAGAUUCUUCUGUGCUUUUGUAAUUUCACAGAAUCAGAGAACAGUCCAGAUUUGAAAGGACCCUGUAAGACCAUUUAUGAGAAGGGUGAGCCUAGAUGAGUCUAGAAAAGUCACCUAGAUGAAAGGCAAGCCUGCCACAUACCUGGGGAGAUUAUGUGAUUUUGUAAUAAAGACUACAUGGCUGUCAUUUGGGUGAAAAGUUGAAGUUACACUUAGUUAUACUUUCUUGCAGUGAGUAUUUUCAACAAGGACUUUCCCAAGAAAAGGCUUCAUCAGUAAACUCUUACCUUUCUCCUUUGGUGCCUAAUCACUCCCUGAAAUUCUGAACUAUUUACUCAUUACAAUUUAUUUUAGAAAUAAAACAAUUUUGAAACUAAGAGAUUUAUAUUUAAGUUUUACUUAUAUUCAAAGUAGGAAGUAACAUUCCUUGUAACAGCUCAAUGUUUAUAAUGAUACAAUGAAAAAGUGAUUAACAGUUGGCUUUAAAUGAUUAUUUGCAGACAUUAUAGUCCUGUAAAUUAAGCUCUUUUCAGGCAUUUAAUUGUAACAUCAGUUAUAUAAUUGACCAGGUACCUCCAGGAAGGAACGUUGAGAUUUCUUCCUUAUGUAUAAAGCUUCAUUACCAAAAAUAUAAAAUCCUAAAGUAAUUUGAAGUACAUGAGAGGAAAAAGUGCUAUUGUAGAAGUUUAAUAUUUUAUCCAUGGAGCAAGUUGUAACUUCAAAGAUUUUGGUGCAUUUUUAGGCACUGUUUUUGUGUCUUCAUUUGCCUGAAAUAUACAGCAGGACUUGAGAUGCCCAAAAACUGUUUAAGACAAAUUUAAGGCAACCAAGUGCAAAAGCUCAGUGUACAUUAGAUAUAUGUAAACAGAACAUUUCAUAGUAGAAAUUGUACAACUAUUACAAGUCCAUAGUAAUAGCAAAGGCCAAAACCAUUCUGCCUAGAGACACAAAUGCAAAAUGUAGUUACACUAACCAAGCCAAAAAUUAAGAAUUUGGGAAAUGAAGUGUCAUCAUCUCUAACAUGAGGCAGAUGCAAUACAUUGCUGUGCUAGAGUAAGUGCUCUGCUUUUCCCCUCUCUACAUAACGUGCAGUCUCUCCCAAGUUUGUUCUGUUCCAUUUAGUGAUGUACCAACAGCGGAGCUCCAAAUGUUAAAGCAAAAUGCACAACACAGCAAACAGAUGGAAUGUGAAUGUACAGAUAUUGGACCUUUUUAAAAAUACAGUACCUAGGAUUUCCCAUUUUAAACAGUUUUCAGCAUAUUGCAUAGCAGUGAACUCAUCUGCUACCUAAAACUGUUGCUGCUGACCCACAUGGAGUUCCUCUUCAGUCUUCUUUCAGUUUUCUUUCAUACUGUACAGUGGGUCCACAAGCUUAUUGUGCACAUGCAUUAAACCUUGAGAGGAAAGCAACAAUGCCAGCUUUACAUUAGUUAUACUUUGUUAACAUGUUCUUCUAUCCACAUUUUUAUUUGGAAUUUGUUUCAAAGAAUACAUUUUAAAUAAUUCAUUGAAGAGAACAAAAAUGGCUAUUUAAAGUAGUUCAGAGUCAGAGACAGCAGAUAUAUUCCUGUAUCACUUGUGUACUAAUGAUAUAUUCAGUAUCAGCUGAGCAGGGAACCAGACAGUUCUCUAAUAACAGGCCCAAAACCCCACAUCUGGAAUACUUCCAAAUGAACUGAAUAUAUCUUCCAUGUAUUAAAAACUGUGUAACAGCAAUGUAAUUCCCUCACACCACAAUGUGCCAUAAAAAUUAGAUGCACACAUAGUGAGACUUUGACAGCUUGAGUUCUUUUGAAAUGUUCUAGCAUUGUGGUAAUACUGUCUUUGUAAUAAUCAUAUACUUGUGGUCCUAGACAGCCAAAACCAAAUUAAAUUAUCCAGACUCUUAGUGCAAACUCAAUUUCAGCAGUUCAGCUGUUUUCUGUUGUAGCUGGGCUUUUUCUUGUCAUAUACAAGUCCUUCAUAGCUAUGAUUAGGGGGUUUAUUUUUUUCCUCUUCAACUACUUUAUUUCUGAUAAAUGCUGAAGUGCAAUUAAUAAAAAAAGAUGCUUCCUUCCUAACUUUGCUGUAACUUAGUAAAAAUGUUACCUACAUCUAGGUAUGUGUGACAUUGGAUAACUGGCAGGUUUUCAACAUUUCAUCUUGAGUACUAAUAACAGUAAUGAUCAGUGUUCACAAUCCACCAAGUCCAUUUUAGUAUUGAACUAAAGACUUAACUUCUAAACUCAAAACAUGCAACACUUAAAGUAAUUUUCUUAAAAACCAUGAAAGAAAUCUCACAUUACUGCAUAUUUAUUAUCUAUGGUAAAGAAUAUUCAAAUACCUUUGCUACAUGAUGCAGCUGGUGGCAGCCUUAGUGUCACUGCAGCAACAUGAAAUUUGAGUUAACUCUACAAUCUAAGGUCAUUACUGUAGGUGACCAUAAAAAAAGGCAUCUUAUGCAGCAUCUAUUACUAAUCAGUAUGUGAUUAGAUCAAGUGUAAUAUUUUAGAUCAAGUGUAAUAUUUUUUCAGUUUAACAGUGACAAAAACUUAAGUAUACAUUUGACAUAAGUCAAAUGACAUAAAAGAGUAACAGCUGCAUACACAAUGUAAACUAGAAACAUGUUUUGAGCCUUAAAAGAUUUAACUUUCUACUAAUAUUUUCCUCUUCUAAAAAGGGGAAAUGAAAUAAUUACCCAUUAUCCUAGAUGCAUGAAAAAUGGUUACAAAGUAUAGCUUCUGUCAUACUUAGUGAAGAAUAUUUAAAUCCUGGUAGUGAAAGUGUUACAGGAAAAACAGUGAGAAACAAAAGAAUUUUUUAAAGGAAUGCACCAGACUUGGUAGAUGCCAAAACAAUUGUUUCAAAGGAAAGUCCCACUGGAUACUCAGGUAUGCUUUGAAUAAACAGAUUUCUGCACACAGUUUUAAGAGGAGCAUGUGUAAGUAUGGAAAAAACUAUCCUGAACUAACUUAUCUGCAGAUAAAUCAGUAAAUUCAAAAUUCAUUUUAUGUUUCAUUCUUCAAGAAAGUUGCAAGUAGAACCAUAAGCACACUUGAUAAUUUUAGCCUAUUAUAGGUCUGCAGAAAGUUAGAAUAAAUGGAAUAGGUUAAUCUAUUUACCAGCCAGUGUGGUACUUGAUUAUAAAACAAAACAAAAGCAGUUUCAUAUUGAAAGUUUUAAGUGGUGAAAAAUCUCCAUAAAUCAUUACUAUAAAUAGCACUAUUAAGAACUACCUAGCUUCCCCAAGAAGUCUAACCUGAAGAUCAAGUUUCAGAAAUAAUUCCAAAUUUGACCCACGCUAACUUCUCCAUUUUACAAGGGGAAAAAAAUCUCACUGAUUUGAGAGCAGGUAAAAUUAAUUAAGUUCAAAGUAAACUUUGAAACUUUUAAAAGUUCUAUUGCUGUGUAUUACAGGGUAAUUAAAUACAGUGACACAAUAGCACACAUUUAUAAGUUGUAGCCCUUGAUGUUUUUUAAAGCAAUGUUCAGUGUAAUUUAUAUUUACUAAUUCUACAUUAGGUUUGUAUUUCCCAAGCAAAGCCUCUGCUUAUAUAAAAUACAGGAUACUGUUUAAAACUUUUCCAA